AUGUCAUCAUCACCGAUUUCGACAACCGGAUGUCAUCAACACCGAUUUCGACAACCGGAUGUCAUCAUCACCGAUUUCGACAACCAGAUGAAAGCCGUUCUCGACGAUCAGUUCCCUGAGGUGCAGCAGCAGCUCUGUAUCCACCACAUCAAUUCCAACGUCCUUCUCAAGGCAAAGAAAAAGUGGCUGAAGGGCCGUAACAGUGUUAGUCCCGAUAGCAGCGACGAUGCAGAGGCCUCUAUUUCACAGACACAAGCUGAGCUGAGCCCUAAAGACCGACAGUUCAUCCAUGCGCCAGCAGCUGAGGCCAUCCCUCCCGGUGGGGCUUUGUCUUCGGUUGUUAGUUCUAGUGGUGUAGCAUAG